AUGGUAUUGGAAGUGCGUGAGCCUCGUGGGAUUCGGCGGGCGUGGGGUGUCCUUGGCCUCUCUGCCUAUCCCUCGUAUGAUGAUAUCCGCACGGCGUACUGCACGCUGGCGGUGGCCACCCACCCCGACCGCUGCCGCGACGCCAACGCGAAGGAACGCUUUCAGGCCCUCCACGCCGCCUACGAGGCCGCCCUCGAGCACCACGCCCGCACCGCCCAACAACCGCCCGGCGGCCGGCGCGGCCCCAUCGACUGGCGGCUCUUCGUCGACCUCCCGCCGUCCCCCCGCCAGCCCCGCACCGCCGCCGCCGUCCCGCACCCCACAACGUCGGCGGCCGCGAGGAAAAGAGGCACAAAGGGACGAUCGUUCGGCGCCUCCACAACAUCAGCGACAGCAACAACAACCGCAAAGGCAGCAGGCGCCUCCACCACGUCGGCAGCCGCAGCCGCAGCGGCCGCAGAGCAGGAAGAGCGUCGGCAACGCGCAAUAGAGCAGCGCCGACGACGGCAGCCGAGUCUGGCGCAAAAGCAGCAAUGUCGUCUUUUGGUGGCGGAGGCGGCACACAGACGAUCAAUUGCAAAACAUGAGCGAGCGAAUUUACGCCUAUUAAUGUUAAUAUUUUCGGAAACAAGGAUCCGAGAUGCAGUGAUGUUGUUAGAACGUCUCACUAGAGAGAAAAUGAUUAUGCAGCGGAUGAAUGUUUUUUGCUGA